UCCUCACCUUGCAAUCCCGCACCAUUCUCCCUGCAAAAGUACCACCGCAACAUUGCCAACAUGCCCAUUUUUCACAUCGUCCUCUUCCGCCUAAAAAAAGGCGUCUCGGCCAGCGAAGUCGAAGCCUGGAAUGAGUUGGGAAGAGGCAUGGUCGGAAAGAUUCCUGCUGCACAUCAACCCCCUCUGGCCAUGACUGCGUCCAGAGCCAAGGGGUUCGAUAUGGGUUUGGUGGCUAUUAUGGAGAAGCCGGAGGAUUUGCAGAUUUAUGCUAACCAUCCGGAUCAUUUGAAGGUGCAGGAGUUGCGGGAGAAGUUGUGUGAUGAUGCACUGGCGUAUGAUUUAGAGUUUUAGAUGUGAUGUCGAACGAAUAUCAGGGGAGGGGUUAUCCCGAGACUGAGUGGGCAGUCAGUAGUCUGUAACCAAGCUAGAUUGCAGGGAGUGUUCACUGAGAAUAUCUGGCUAUUUCGUGUAGAUCCUUGCUGAUUAGGAUAAGUCUAUGACAAUAUUUAUGUCGAG